AUGAACUUCGCACCCUACCAGGCCUCUGCCCCAGAGGAGUCCCGCUCGCCAGACACGGCGUCCCCUCGUGCCUCGUUAGACCGCCGUCCCUUCUCGCCCUCCACGUACCAGAAACGCUCGAACCAGGCCAGCCCACCGCCACUGCAACAUCCCCAGCCGCAGCGCAACUGGCAGGCCAGCGGAUACCGCAUCACGAGUCCAAACUACCAGGCGAGUCCAGCACCUGCUGGCGCUGCCCGGCCGGCGGAUGGAUACUUUGGCAACAUAAGCAGCGGCCUGGCUGCGGACAGGGAGGGCAUCAACGAGUUUGACACGAGUCUGGGCAUCAGGCUGGACUACGAGGCGUGCCUGGCUUACCUGGCACUGCCGCCGCUGGGGGCCAUUGUGCUGUUGAUUCUGGAGAGGAAGAGCGACUACGUUAGAUUUCACGCCUGGCAGUCGGCGCUUCUGUUCACAGCCGUAUUCGUCGUCCACCUCCUUUUCUCGUGGUCGGUGUUUCUCGGCUGGCUUCUCUUCCUCUGCGACCUCGGCUUGGUCGCAUUCUUGACGCUCAAGGCAUACCGUGAUGCGGACAUGUUGGACAGAUUCGAGGUACCAUUCUUUGGCCAUAUUGCGAGCAGGUUCGUGGAUGAGGAGUAG